CAAAAUUACAUUCUUAAUACGACAUCCAAAAUUACCAAAAAAACGUGGCCCAACAUCCAAAAUUCGUUCUCCACAGCCACUCAAGCACGAAGGGGGCGUAGAACCGCAGAGGGCCAGAGGAACUCAUCGGAAAUAACUCAAAUCCCAACUCUUCGUCCGUGAGCCGCAGAGAAGAACCGAAGAAUCGCUAUUGCUGCAAAAUCACGGUCGGCGCACGGACUAUAGCUGAGUAGGCGGAGUAGCAGCUAAUUCUCGUCUCUCAUCUUUCGAAUGCCAUAGCGUGUAGUGCUCUGCGCGCUAUUGUCGCUCUUCGUCGCCUCACUGUUAAAUUUGGGCCCCCAAAGCUAGAUCCACCCCUGGACUCACCCUCAUCGACGAAAGCCAAGUCUCCGACGCAGCGACGUUUGGCCGCCUGCUGCCCUGCCCCUUCUCAGUGCUCAACGCCUCAACCUUCUGGUGCGCUGCAAGGCCUGCACUUCUGCCAGUUGUGUGGACCUGCGGUUCCACUCCUUCUUCCCUUCUCACCUUCUGGGGGUUUGAACACAAAGGAUUUAGCUUGUGUUGAAUGAGUAUAUAAAGCUACAUGAAAUUUCUUCCCAUGGCGUGGAGGGGAUUGCUUUCUCUUAGCACAAAAAGAUUUGUGAUACCUUCAAAUGCUGCUGCAGUAUCAUCCUGUGGAAGUUCUGCUAAUUUCUCUUCCAAAUCCCAUCAGUAUUUGGUGAAGGUGGGGAUUCCAGAGUUCUUGAACGGAGUGGGGAAAGGGGUAGAGGCCCAUGUGGAUAAGCUUGAAUCUGAGAUUGGAGAUUUCCAGAAGCUUCUAGUUACUCGAACCCUAAGGCUCAAGCGUCUUGGCGUUCCAGUAAAGCAUAGAAAGCUGAUACUGAAGUAUGCUCACAAAUACAGACUAGGACUUUGGAGGCCGGUAGCGGAGCCCGUGAAAACAUAAUGGCACUCAAAUAUCGCAAUCUGUGCUUUCAUAAGUUAUGUGGUUCACCCCUUCGUUUUCCUGAUUUUCUUUGAAGUGUUAGUAGUAAAUUUGGAUGCUGACCUUCAUUUUCUUCUGAUUAUACGAUGAUGCAAAAUGUGGUCUCUGUCCUUGAUCAGGUUGUGGUUUUACUACUGUGGUACUGGUUUCCGUGGAUUGCUAUAUGUUUUACACUUUUACCUAAGCACCUAUUACUUUCUUUCUCCAUUGUUUUUAUGCCAUGACUUGUUUUCAUGAUACUGAUCACAAAUCAUUCAGGAUUGCGCUUGUGAAGUUAUUUUCCUCGAAUGAAAAGAAUAGUUGAAUUCAGUGAAGUAACG